AUUCUCAACAUGAUGUAUACCUGUAUAUACACUGUUGCCGCUGUCUACGCAUUUGUUUGCAAUACAGUAGUUGGAAACAAGGCAGCUCAGCUUGUGUGUAUUUGCGCGUGCACAAGACAGUGAUUACGCGCCACUAUGACGGACGACUGCUAUUCUGUCAUAACUUCGUCAUCGCAACUUCGCCAUUUAUAGACUCUUCAACACAAAUACAUUUGUUAAGAUACUACAACAACAAGAAACUUUCCCAAUGCUAACGGUUCCUCCACAAACCAACAUCAGCAGAGUUGAGCUCAGCGUCUCACAAACAUCACUAGAAAUUAUUCAAAAGCCAACAUUCUACAAGGGAACAUGAAGGCAAAGGCAAGGAGAAUACAAAUGAAUGUAAAGCCAAGUGCUAGGCGUAGUAGAAAAAUUCUACCCACCUCUCAGAGAUUUCCAACAGGUGUGAAAGUACAGAAAGAAACUGAGGACAUGUUCAAUCCUGUCAACAGUAGUUGUUUAACUACUGGGACUGAUGGCUACAAUGAGAAACAUGACAGUAUUACAGAUGGGUCAGCAUCAGACGACUCUAUAAGCCUGUUGUGUGACCUCAAUCCCAUCCAAAGUAGAGGGAAAAUGGAAGAACGUGGUUUAAAUUUAGCAACCAAUAGCAAGGAGCAGAAAAAUAAGAGGGCAAUAAGCCAAGUAAACCGUCAUUCAAGGAUAGACCUGGGAAAUAUGACAGAGUAUGCAAUGGACAAUGCAGACAAUGCAAACCACUGUCAACAUGGGAAUAUCAACAGGCUUCACAAGAGAGAUGGAAAUGGAGAUGCUCUUAUUCACAAAACUUGCAAAAGAGAUGUGGCUUAUGACCAAGUCCUCACUCAAGCUGGAACCAAUGUUAAUGUGGAAGAUAUUGCAGGGUGGACAGCUCUCCAUGAGGCCUCUGCUCAGGGUAAUGCGGUUAACGAGCUGUUGAACGCUGGUGCCCAUGUCAAUGUACAAAGCCAGGAUCGUGCCACUUCACUGCAUAAUGCUGUAUCAUCUGGACAUGACCAGGUAGUGAACAUUCUCCUCCAGCAUGGCUCAGAGCCGAAUAGCAGGAAUAAAUUAGGCCUCAGUACACUGGUCGUAGCGGAGCAGAAGGAGAUGAAGGAGCUUCUCUUGACUUUCAACAAAUCCUCCACAACUCAAAUGCAGCCUGAUAGAAUAUGCGGUGAGUCUUCCACAGAGGCUAACUGUGACAAGCAGCCACCAUGCCAUUCCAGCUUCAGUGGCACAUCAAACGUAGAACCCAGACAAACAGAUGAUGGAGACAGAACCAUAAAACCUGCUGAUAUUCCUAUGAGAAAGAUAGACACUGCAACCAAUAAUUUGAAUCAAUCAGUGGUCGUAAGGCAGAUUUUGGCAGCCGUGCAGAAAAAGCAAAUAGAAAUGUCAACUUGGUCUCUGUCACAACCACAGGAUGGAGUGAAAUACUUUUCAGCUGUCACACAUAUUCAGAAUGCACUGGCUGAGGUCCUUGUCAAGCAACGUUUGGAGAAGGAUAAGCUUGCCCGCAAAUACAAAAGUAUGACUUCAUCCAUUCUUCGACAUGGAGUGAAAAUUCAACUGAUUUCCCUCUCUUCGCGGCAAAGGAACUUUGUGCGCAUCCUUCAGACGCAAAUGGAUUUGGUAACGCUACCUGACAUUUAUAAAUGUACCACUAGUCAUCAAAACAGUCAAGUAGUGCGAGAGCAGCAAAGCCUGUUGACCCAGGCCCCCUCUUCCAAGAUGAUGGAGAUGGAAAAGGGUUCCCAAGACAAAUGUAAUCAACUCAUUCCAAAAAGGGGCAGCUGCGGGUCAAUUAGACAGAAAACGGCAGCCCAGACUAAUGAAAAGGUCCUUACAGUGCUCCCAAGUCCCUUUCCAUCAACAACUCAACAGAAGCUCUCUGAAAAGAUGAAAACGAAAAGAAUUUCUCAACCAAGAAAUUCUCUCCAAGCCAACAAGGUUCAAGUAAAAGAUAAUCCACUGUCACACGGAAGAACUGAAGAACAUGGCAAACAUCUCUCUCAGCUUAUACAGAAGGGGCUAAUCCCAUGUGGAGGUGUUCUACAGCUUUUGUUGAAGGGUGAGUGGCACUUUGCAUGUGUGCAGGGGGAUGGGUCAAUAAAGGACAGCAAAGGAAAGUCACACUUGUCUCCAGAGUGCUGGCUUCAGUCUAUCCUGGCUAACAACAUCCCUGUCAGUUCAACAUACGCCUGGGACAAGGUGAUGUUCCAAUGCAAACCCUUGUCUUACUUCCAAAACGUGGCUGAUAAAGGCACAUCAGAGGUGGAUGUCCAACAUUACAGUCAUGGUUCUACUCAGGAAACACUGACCACAGUGUCAGGUCUGAAUCAUCUAACGGCAAUCAGGACAGUUUAUUUGGUGUCUGAUGAAGAGCUGAUACCAAACGCUGUCAUCGACAGCUAUUGGAAGAGGCUGUUACAGAGUGACGCUCCGCAAUUGUAAUGACAAUUUCUCCAGCAUCCCCAAGUUUGACAAACCCUAACUGAAAAGUAGUAAGAAAUGUUCAUUGGAGUUAUAUACUGCUUUUACUUCACAUUUCACACUUUAGCUGUUAAAUGUGUAUUGGCCAUAUUCAGUCAUAC